GUCUCCUCCGGAUUGGGAAGCUGGUGCGGGCCUUCCGCAUGGUGACCAUGUCAAGCGUGCUGAACUCGUUGCAACUCUUGAUCAAGUGCCUGGUCGCCAGCAGGGAUAUGCUCCUGUGGAGCUUCUGUCUGCUCACGUUCGUGCAGUGCGUGGCCGGUUUGGUCCUCGCGACCCUCUGCCGCGACUUCAUCGAGGAGGAGUCCAAUGACCCCGAGGUCCGCGGCGAGGUCUUCCGGUACUACGGGACCUUCACCCGGACCAUUCUAUCCAUGUUCGAGAUCAUGUUCGCAAAUUGGGGGCCCCCAUGUCGCGUGCUCGUCGAGAACGUGAGCGAGUGGUUCUCCAUUUUCUUUCUAUCGUACCGAUGUGUCUUGGGCUUCGCGGUACUCAAUGUGGUGAACGCCGUUUUUGUACAGCAGACCAUGAAGACUGCAAGCUCGGACGAAGAGCUGGCGUUUCGGCAGAAAGAGAAAGACAUAGCCCUGUACAAUCGAAAAGUGAAGAAGCUCUUUAAGACGAUCGACUCGUCCGGGGACGGCGCGAUCAACCUCGAGGAGUUUUCCAAGCUCGUGAAGUCGCCAAAGCUCCAGUUCUGGAUGAGUCAGCUGGA